AUGUAUCCGGCUGUUGGCCACCCAUCCUACAAGUCAGACGGCGCGUCGGGAUUGAAGGUCAAGAUGCAAGCACGCUCGCUCGCAACCAGCAGCUUUGCUGCAAGGCUCUUCAUCUUCCUGCUCUACGUCCUGGGAGCGACCGCUACCAGCGAACAUGGACAGCAGCAUCAUCCUCGUCAAUGGGGUGGCGGCCGAGGCGGUGGCGCAUCGGGGCGGGGAGGCGCUUCCAACGUCGGUCAAAACGGUGGCGGCGGCUUCCGCCCUCAAUUUGGCGGCCCCUAUCGUCCAACUUGGUUCGGCCAGCUCCAGAAGCGCUUCGAUGAUGUUGCCAUUGACGGAGACAAGGGCAUCCAUACCGUCGACUUUCUCGAUGCAGCCCAAUCCCUACCUGCAUUCUUCAACCUUCUCAGCGCUGUCGGCUUUUAUCCAGCGAGAAAUGAUAACAAUGCCAACAUUCAGAAGGUCCGCAACCGCUACAAUAACGCUCCAGGCGAUUCCAGAACGUUGCAAUCGCUGGUCCGCAAUGAGAAGAGCGACGGCGUGGCUUAUUCUGGGUCUGCAGCCGAGGCGCUGCUGUGGUUGACUCGCACCCUCGAAUUCACCGCGCAAUCCCUGCGCAAGGAUUUGAACGACAACAAGAACAUUGCACCUGACGACCCAAACCCGAAGAAACCAUUAUCUGAAGCUUUCCAAAAGACGUACCCAGGCACUCUGCAGAAGUAUCAUAACUCGUAUCAGAAGUCGCUCUUUAGCGCUGCUUGGACUUUUGUUCCCAAACGCCAGGACUUCUACAGAAGAUUGGCUGCCGAUCAAACGAGCGAGGCUGCACUGGAAGACGCCGAGAAAUGGGUCACCGCCUUGGAGAAGGUAGUGACGCUUCUCAAGGAUUUCAUGAACUCUCACGAUUCCCGUUGGUGA